AUGCACAGACGAAUUAAGCAAGUAUUCACCUCCCUUAGGGAACAUACAUGUGUUAGCUAUGCGAAGAUUGCAACCAUUGGAGGCCUUUGUGACCUUGAUCACAUUGUGGUGAAAGCAACCUCCCCUGAUGACAUACCGUUGCCCGAUAGGUACGUUCUUGAAAUCCUUCAAAUAUUCUCCAUUUGUCCCUCUUCUUUUGGUUCAUUCGCGGUGUCUUUCAGUCGACGUUUUGGCAAGACACGGUGCUGGAGAGUUGCAUUGAAAUGUCUCCUACUGCUCCACAGGCUGCUAAGAUCCUUGCCUGACAUUAGCCCUUUUAGAGAAGAACUCUUGUUGGCAAGAUCAAAUAGUUUGGUGUCACUUUACCCUUGUAACUUCAAAGAUUGCUCAUCCUCUGCUUCUCAAGAUUACACCAAUUUCAUUCGGUCAUACGCCCGUUUGCUCGAUGAGUCCCUGGAUUGUUUUGCAACUCCGGAAAAAGAAAUCCAGGAAGAUAACAAAAGUAGUGAAAACUUUAUUGACAAAAUGGAUGAAGUGAGGCUAAUGCUAGAAUUUCUGCCUCAGUUGCAAAAUCUAAUAGACAGAGUCCUGGAGUGCCGGCCAACAGGGCCAGCAGCACGAAGCUUUUUAGUUCAAUCGGCCAUGAAACAUAUAAUCCGCGAUAGCUUCACGUGUUACACGACUUUCAGGAAAGAGAUUGUGGAGGUAUUAGAUUAUCUAAUACAGUUGCCAUACAAAAGUUGUGCUGCAGCAUUUGAGAUUUAUAAGAAGGCAGCAAUCCAGGCAAAUGAACUUAGUGAAUUCUAUGACUGGUGCAAGUCUUUGGGGCUUCGUGGCAUGUAUGAAUAUCCCUUCGUAGACAAAAUCCCAAAGAUUCAAAUCAGAGCCCUUGAGAACUUCCUCAGUGGGAUGUGGCAAUUGACAGAUGGUCUGUCAUCCUCUUCAACGUCGGUAUCCCCUGUAACAUCAACUCCGCAGUCUCCAUCAUCUGAAGAUGGCAGCGAUAAGCAGAAAUCGGAAAGGAAAUCAAGCUUUGAAGGCCAAUCUCUUACUAGAAAGGAAGAGAGUGAAAUGCAGCCUUUGAUACAAUUUGAAGAUGACAAUGAUUGGGAGACCCUUUUGGAUGCUUCUGUUUGUUUUCAAUGCACAGCUUCAAGAGGAAAUUUUUGCCUACAAAACAAUGUUUACCAAUCACCAGAGGCAUCGAAAGAUCUGCAGACAAAUGGAUGGGAAUUACAAGUACAUAAUCCCUAUGCAUUGAACCAAUUCCAUCAGCCAAAGGUUGCUCCUCUUCAAAGCGGAACAUACCUAACUAAUCCCGUAUAUCCGUGGGGGAUAUGA